AUGUCGUCGAGAGAUCAAGUUAAAGCAUCGCAUAUUCUGAUUAAGCAUCAAGGAUCUCGUAGGAAAGCUUCGUGGAAAGAUCCAGAAGGAAAAAUCAUCAUGACCAUUACCAGAGAAGCUGCCGUCGAACAGCUUAAAUCGAUCCGUGAAGACAUCGUCUCCGGCAAAGCUAACUUCGAGGAGGUUGCGACUCGUGUUUCCGAUUGUAGCUCUGCUAAACGCGGCGGCGAUCUCGGUCCUUUUGGUCGAGGUCAAAUGCAGAAACCGUUUGAGGAAGCAACGUUUGCACUCAAGGUUGGAGAUAUAAGCGACAUUGUCGAUACAGACAGUGGAGUCCAUAUCAUAAAGAGAACAGCUUGA